AUUAUUUUGCAAGACACAAAAGUACUCCGCAUUUAAUUUCAAAGAAGUGUAUUAUCACUUUUCUCAUUUGAUCUAUUCAAAUAUCCUCAAGUGGUGGAUUUUAUUCAUGAAAAAGUGUACAUCAAAAGAAAUACGAAACGAUUUGGAUAAAUAUUGUAAUUUGGAGGACUACGUUUUUUGGUGAAAGCACCGAAUACGUCGGAUGUGAUGCGGUCAACAAGCAAGAUGGCGGCCAUGAGGUUUGGGUCGACUGUGAAACCUCAGCCGCUGAUAAUGUGUAAAUUUCAUAUUACUUUGUAUUCUUCGUCAAAGUUCGAAUAGAUUGAGUUUUUUUUUAAAUUUGAAGCCGACACCUGGCAGCCCCCAUGGAUGAGCAGACCAUCUUCAAUCUCCUGGAGUGCUCGGUCUGCCUGGAGCCUCUGGAUGUUACCAGCCGGGUCCUGCCCUGCCAGCACACCUUCUGCAUGCGCUGCCUGCAGCAGAUCAUCAACACCCGCAACGAGCUCAAGUGCCCAGAAUGCAGGGAGCUGGUACCCUGUCGGCUGGUGACCGAUCUACCUACUAAUAUACUGCUGGUGCGGCUGCUGGACGGGCUGAAGAGGCCGGGCAAAGCGCCCCCUGGGUCACCUCCACCAAGAACCAGUAAUGCCGGAAUCUCGGGCUCCGGGGAGACGACGGUCAGCGGGAGAAGUGCCUCCUCAAAGACUUCCAUACAGAACCAACCAUGUGCAAUGGCCCUGUACAAGUACGACGCUCAAGAACAUGGCGAUCUCUCCUUCAACAAGUCGGACAUCAUCCUGUUGCAUAAAAAGAUUGAUGAGAAUUGGUACCAGGGAGUGGUGAUGGGUACCAGUGAUCAGAUCGGUUUCUUCCCGGCCAGCUACGUGCAGGUACUCACCCCUCUGCCACCAGACCCGCCCCAGUGCAAGGCAUUGUACGACUUCGAAGUCAACGAACAGGAGGAGAAAGAUUGCCUAACUUUCAAUAAGGAUGAGGUUCUGAACGUGAUCAGGCGUGUUGAUGAGAACUGGGUGGAAGGAAAGAAGGGAGACAAGAUCGGCAUCUUCCCUCUAUCGUUCGUUGAGCUGAAUGGUACAGCCAAGGCUUUAGUGGAUGCACACGCCGGUAUUGACAUUAGCUCUGGACCGUCCCAUCAGUCCCAAGGUAGCGGGGAUGCAGGCAGCAACCCUGAUCAGACGGGAUCCGGUCAGGAGGGCGGCAGUAAAAACAAAGCCAAGCGUCACUCGUUCACCUCCCUCCUCGGCCUGAGCGUGUCAGCCCAGAGCAAGAACAAGGACUCCCAGCCCAGCACUAACGCUAGCGCCAGCACCAGCACCAGCAAUGCAGCAAGCAGCAGCAACAGCGGCGGCAGCAGCAGCAACAGGCAUUCCAUGGAGAUCAGCUCCCCUGUCCUGGUACGUUCCAGCAAUCCCACGGCGGCCAAUCUCAUCGACAACAAGGCAGCGACGACAUCACAGCAGGCUGCGGCAGGUACUGCAGCUGCAGCAACAACAUCGACUGGUGCUACUGCGACAGCUGCAGAUGCAUCAUCAUCAUCAACGACGUCUGCUGCAAGGAAGAAGCCAGCUCCCCUGACUGGUAUUUCACAGAUUCCCGCCAGCAGCACUCGAGGGCCCAACUCCCCCAGCGUGGCUGCUUCCCCGACUGUCACCCAGGCUGGCAAUGCAGAUUUCAGAUUCGUGGCAGAGGCACCAGCCUCGCCCAAGCCAAAAGUAGAAGUUUACGUGGCCAUGUAUUCCUACAAGUCCACCAAGCCCGAUGAGCUGGAGCUUAAGAAAGGCGAUUUUUACACCGUGACGGAGAAAUGUAAAGAUGGCUGGUUCAAGGGCAUGGCUGUCAAGACUGGUGACUUGGGCGUCUUUCCUGGAAACUACAUGCAGGCUUACAGGCAUGAUAGAUCAACCAGGAAAGUCACCACCACUGCACCUGACACCAGGACCUCGCAAUCCACGUCCACUGCUACCUCAUCACCCAGCCAGGGCUUUAGACCACGCCUCCCUAGCGACGCAGCAUCUCGGGCUGCCUCCACCAACCAGAGAGCAAUGCCCACGGAGGCUCCCGGUAGCCCCUCCCCAAUCCAGGGGAUGAGACCAAGGGUCUUGAGCGACGCUGCCUCACGGAUGUCAGCCCAACGUGCUUCCGCAGCUGCAGCAGCUGCAACAACUGAUGCCUCGACGACAUCACCACCUGUUGGCCUGAGCUCUGCCACAACUCAAACAACCGGCACCCGGCCCGCCGCCAAUGCCUCUCGACCUGUGGGCCAGUCUUCUCAACCAACCUCCCCUGCUCCGAUGCAGCAGGAGGGUAGGCCCAUGGCACAAAUUCCCGAUGGACAGAAAACUGUCGCUCAGCUGCAGAGUGAGCGCGCUGCCCAGAAGCUGCAGUUCAGACCGCCCCCGCCAAACUACCCAGCGCGCUCAAGUCUUUCAACUGUGGCGCAGGGUAGGGCAACUGCUGCUCAUUCUGAGAGGAACCUUAGAGGAAGUCCCCCUACUGUGGGGACGCAAACUGCUGCCAUGUUGGCAAGAACUAGUGUCAGUCCUGCUGGGGUCCAACAACCCCAAUCCCCAGGGGUGCAAACCAGACAUGUAGGGGUGUCAAGCGCACCCAUCAGUGUCAGACCUAGGGCAUCCUCUGGACAAGCUGCGGUGGGAUCUCCACCCACGCAUAAUGGAAUACUCCAGCGAGUACGCAGUCCUAGCUCACCUCAGCCGGGGUUGCAGGAUGGUACCACAACAAACGAUAUGGGGAAUGCAGUCACAAAGCCCAGGGGAUCCCCCAUCCUGGGUCAGGGGUCACCUAAGGGAGCAAGUGUGAGCGGUUGUGCCAACCAGCCCCAGUCCACGCCUCCACAGGUAGAGGUCCAUUUAAGCAGUUCAACAAGUGCCAAAGCUAAACGUCACUCCGCACAAAUCCCGGCUGCAGCAGCUGAGGCCCAAGCCAGGCAGCAAGCACUGAAGCCACGCCGUCACAGCGAGAGCGACAACGAUUCGGUGCGAUCACGCAGGACAGUGCAAGCCAAAGCUACCACCACCCAGCAACACCCACCACAAAGCAAUGCCCAAAUGCACCCUGUUGCUUCAUGCUCUGCUCAGACCAGCAAGAAUAAUCUUGCUGCUGCCACUACCGUAUCAACCUCACAGCCCCAUCCCAGCAAACAAACUGUUGUAGUGUCUUCCGCCUCUAGUCAGUCACAUAGCAAGCCCAGUAGUCCUAGUCUGUACAGGGUAUCCGAUAAUUUGCCAUUCACGCCCCCACCAAAUGUCACUGCACCUGAUUGUGUUGUUGCGUCUUCCCUUGCCGGUCCUACUAAGAUGGACAAGAAGGACAGGAAGGAUCGCAAAGCCUCCAAGAAGCGAUCCCAGGUGAGUCCGGACGAAGCAGCACCAGUACCCUUGGCUCGCCUCAGCUCCCUACCUGACGGGCAGGACCCCUUGUCCACUGACGCUUCUCCUCAGCCCCGCCCCAGCCCGAGUCUCCCUCUAUCUGCCACUCCGUCUGCUGUACAGGGAGAAGGGAGUGGGGAGGAGACCUCACUAGGAGCAGAGGGGGUCAGCGAUGGUGCUAGUGCCGUGGAGAGGAGGGACAAGCCACCCAAGACAACUCCACUUGUCCGAGAAAGGUACCGAGUGACGGUUCCCUACCCGCCACACAGCGAUGCCGAGCUGGAGCUGAAAGUGGGCGAGACGGUCUUCGUACACAGCAAACGGGAGGAUGGAUGGUUCAAAGGCACCCAGCAGAGGACGGGGAAAACAGGUCUAUUCCCUGGAAGCUUUGUGGAGAGCUACUAACUAAGGAUGUGUCCAAGUUGGGUACUUUUGUGGAUCUCAGCCUUAUGUGUUGCCAUAAGAGGAGAAUGAAAAAUUAAACAGGCAGUAACUUGAGCUUUAGCUCAAGGUUUUACGAGGUACUACGAGUUACCUUGGGGUGCCUCUGGGUUCAACCUCAAUUUACCACUAGGUACCUUGAGGUACCUCUGGGUUCAACUUCAAGUUACAAUUAAGAACCUCAAGGUGCCUCUGGGUUCAACCUCAAAUUACCACAAGGUACCUCGAGGUACCUCAGGGUUCAACCUCAAGUUACCACUAGGUACCUUGAGGUACCUCUGGGUUCAGCCUCAAAUUUACCAUUCGUCCCUAACUCUGGUGGACAGUCACUCUGCAAAGCAAAUUUUAACCAAAUCCUGCAGUGUUUUCAUGUGGUAGCUAAAUACAUUACUGAACAUGUUUGGCUAAAAUACACUCUGGAACAUGUUUUAAUAACAACAUAUCUAUAGAUUUCAAUGUGAUGUAAUCAUCAGUAAGCAGAACACAUGUGUUUAAGUGAUUGCAGUAUCAAUAAUGAUCUGGCAGCCAUAUUAGCAGCACUAGUAACACAAAAAGCCUGUGCCUUCACCCUCUUUUGUGAAAUGUAGUCUAGUCGCUUAAUAUUCAAUGGAAAUGACAUGGCCCAUGUGCUUAUUUCAGAAGAAAAAGUUAACGUACUUAGAGCAUGUGAACAGUAAGUGGUUCAGCCUAAACCAUUGAAGGUGGUUCUUGUUAUUGAAUUAUCAUCAUUACAGAUGCCUUCAUCCAAUAAGUGUUUGCCUUUUGCUACGUAUUAAGUAAAAUGUUGCCAUGUGUUUACGGCUGUGUCUGAAUCAGUUCUUGUUAGUAAUGGCUUUCUUUCUUGCUACUUACACACUACUGACACUAGUCAUAGCCAUAGACAGAAGUAACGGAUUCUGAAUAGGUGGCAGAUACUGCAAAAUGUUCAAAAACAAAAACAAAACAGAAUUUCAAGGUUAACAUAACUUAUAGGUUUUUUUUCCAGAGAUACCUGCUAUUAUUCUCAGUUUUAAGCGUCAAUAUGUAACUUAGUGCUGCAGUUCAGUGCCUCAAUAUUUUCAGGAUUACAAGUUUUUACGUUGAGAAUUUUUGAGCAAAUAAGCUGUUAUCCUGUGUUUGAAUCUAUUCCUGAUAAAUGGAUACUGUUCUAACUUAUAUGCUCUGCCCAUUCAUUGUUCACAAAUAACGAAUUUGAAUUUUCUUGUGUACUAUGGUGUUUCAACAAAUGUGUGGUUGGAAUUCCACACAAAGCCAAAAUUUAGUUUUGUAUGUAUACCCUGUAAAAAAUGAAAUUGGUGGUGGGAAAAAAAAGGACCCAACGAGCAUCCAUUGAAAGGAAACGAUGAAUAUCAUGUAGUUGAAAAGCAAAUCUUUAACAUAGAUAUAUUAGCAGAAUUUUGUAACGCCAGCUAUAUAUUUUUAACAGCUGGUUAUUGUUAACAAAUAACAGUAUUAUUGUUGUUAAUAAAAUAUAUCAAUAUUUGGUUGAAAUUGCUGCAUGCAGUAUGUUCACCUAUAGUUGUUUUUUUUGUAGUUCCUGAUUGUAAAGAAAACUAUUAAUUGGCAAAGAAAUUUCCGAUAUUUGAAAGUAGUAUUUAUCCAAAUCAAAUGAAAUUUGACCUGAUAAUUAACAAGUUAUAGUAGAAGUCUAAUUCACACAUUUUAACUGCCUGACAAACCAGAAUAAAGCACAAAAUAACUUUAAAACAAAAUUACCUUUUGUUUUUUGGUAUUUUCAAUUAGUUUUUGAGGUCUAAAAGAAACUUGAUUACUUUCUAAUCGGCCUAAUGUUGAAGUCGAUUUUGCAACUGAACGUGAAUUUACUUGACCAAACCUUUUGAAAAAAAAUGUCUUUCAGUUAGGUCACAUUUUCCUCAGGCAUUUGGUGAUAUAUGCACAUGAAAAAAAAAUGCAUUACAAGUGUCAAACAUAUCCCCAACACAUUAUUCUUUUGUAAAGCGGUUUGGAUAAUACAGCCUAAAUGUAAAAACAAAAUGAUUUGCUCGGCUAUUUUUGUACCUGUACCUGCUUAAAAAAAAAAACAAUAUUAAAAUGUACUCUGUUUACAGAGGCUGAGAUAUUUAUAAAGUAACACUACUUUCAGCCAAUUUUGCUCAACUGCUGUUAAUCUAGUCGCUAAAGGAAAUAGCUUCCUUACUGAUUCUGUAGUAGAUAUUUUUCUUUGAAUUCAAGAUGUAGGUUUUCAUAAUGCUACAUGGACACAGAAAGUUUGUUUAUUUACACAAGUGCAUUUGAGGUUCAUUCUUAAAACAUUGUGAAUUGGCCUCACAUCAGAAACUGUUUUGUUUGCUACAAAACAACAGUAUGUGUCUUUGCCGCGAAAAAGUGUCGCUAACAAUAAAGAUAUAUGUAACACAGAUGAUUAUUUUUUAAGUGAUUAGAAUGUACAUGUACAUAGUAUAACAAAUUGAAGUUAAUAAUGAAUCCAGAAUGCAGUAGAAUGUGGAAUAAUCAGUACUUGUCUGUACCAAUUUUGUUUUUCAAUAAGUCUGGGAACCAUUCCUGAAAAGCUGUGUCCCAUAGUCUGUCACCCCAUUGAACUCAAUGACCUGCAAUUUUCUUAUUCCAAGCUAACAAUAUAGCUGACUGAUUGUCCUACUUAAAUUAUUUUAAUGUCUUGGAUUAAUUUGCAUAAUGCACACUUUUAUGGAAAAAAAAUUGCUGAUUAAUUCUAAUACCCAAAAUAAAUUGUACUAUUGUACCAAUUGUGAUAAUGUUUGAUAGUACUUCUGCUAAAGCCAUGUCACCAAAUGCUCAUUGUGACUAUUUUUUUUAAGCCAACUGCCACCAAAAAAAACAGGGUAGAGAUUCAGAAAAUUCAGGUUUGCUUGACCGGUUCGUUUUUAAGUACUGCAUCUGUAUUCGUGCAAGAAUAUAUGUUCAGUAAUUGCCACUUUUGUAUUCAGUUCACUUUGUGUUAACUCUUUAUUAAUAAAAAAAUGUACUUGCAUUAUGAUCCGAAGUUAGGUACAUAAAUGUCAAUAAAUAUUAACCCUGAAACUGAAAGAUA